UUCGGCGCCGGAAAAUCAUUUCAUUGCUUCAGGAGCUCAGCCCUAUAGGUGAUGACAUGCACCUCCCGCCGUCUGGCAGCACCGCCAUCAACGACCUUCAACGCUACUUCUUACUCCAACAAUCCUCGAUAGACAGGCGCUAAAGGGGAUUGAUCAUAUCAUUAUAUUAUCCACCAUGCCGGCAUACCACUCCGUCUUCCUCCAGGAUCAGGGUAUCCCCGUAAUAGGCAACUUUCCUAUCCUUCCCCUCCGCACCCGCACUCGCGGCCCCGCAUACACCCUCCCCCCGCUACCGCCCAAUGUCCCCGACACCGAAAUCGCCGUCGACAGCGAGUCGUACGACUGUGUAGACGAGAUCCUGUCUCUCUUCCGCGCCAAUGUCUUGUUUCGGAACUUCGAGAUCAACGGCCCCGCCGACCGCAUGCUCAUCUACGGCACCUUGUUCAUCAGCGAGUGUCUCGGGAAGGUCAGGCCGAACAUGACCGCCCUCGAAGCUGGCAAGGCUCUUAACAACGUUGCGCUCGACUCCUUCGCCAUCCCGGGCGAUGCCUCCUUCCCCCUUAACCAAGCUUUCGAGCCGCCCCGCGAUCGCCAGGAUGCUGAGACACUGAGAGCAUACCUCUCGCAGGUACGACAGGAGAUUGCUAUCCGUCUACAUGCCAGAUUAUACCCCGGUGGCGUUGGCCCUUCAAAGUGGUGGUUGAGUUUUGCGAAGAGAAAGUUUAUGGGCAAGAGCUUCUAGGUGAUGCGUUUUCUUUUGUUUGGUCACUAUUCAGCGUACAAAGCGUAUGAAAGCAACCAUUUAAGAAUUUCCGAUUUCAUUUUCUAAAAACUAUAUUGUAUCCGAAUUGUGAUAUAUCUAGAUAUGGAUUGCUUAUUCUUGUUAAGGUUCAGACUCAAG